GGAAGUUGAUGGAAACAGAGCAGCCAGAGUAACUUUGACAGCAGAAGAAAAUUUGCUGUCUGGGAGUCAGUUCUCAGACUACCCUGGUGUUUGUUCUUCGCUUCGAAAGUCCGAAUGGUGUAUUCGUAGAAGAAAAGUCAACAUGGUACAAAUUUGUAAGGAUCUUUUGACGACGGUGAAACUACGAGUGCCACUUUUCGCCUUCCUUCUCCCUCUUGUUGUCUCUUUUGGUGACGGAAGGCUUCAUCUGAUACGAAGCGCCUCGACAGAGGAAACGGCAGAAACUUAUGACAAAUACUACGAUUAUGUUCACCUAUCCGAACGUUUACAGUCAUUAGCCCAUAAAUACCCUCAUAUUGCGAACCUGUCGAGCAUAGGUCAGUCUGUUGAGGGGAGGGAGCUCUGGGUUAUGCGGAUCACCGUGGACCCGAACAAUGACACACCUGGAAAACCUAAAUUUAAAUACGUUGGGAACAUGCACGGUGAUGAAACCGUGUCCAGACAGGUGCUGGUUUACCUUGUUGAGUACCUGCUGACCAAAUAUGGGAAGGAACCACAAAUUAGCGAUUUGGUAAACACCACGGAUAUUUACAUCAUGCCCAGCAUGAAUCCUGACGGCUUUGAGAAGUCCAAAGAGGGUGACUGUUCUGGCAACACCGAUGGUCGAAUAAAUGCUAAAAAGAAGGACUUAAACAGAAGCUUUCCUGACCAGUAUGACGGGACAACUGUAGACCCAGAGAGUAUCCCCGAAGUCUUGGCGGUGAUCAGAUGGAUCCAAGAGAAAAAAUUUGUCCUGUCUGGGAAUCUGCAUGGUGGCACUGUGGUGGCCAGUUAUCCCUUUGAUGACUCAGUCUCCCACCUGCAAUCAAACCACUACAGCCGGUCAGAGGAUGACCGUUUGUUUCGCUACUUGGCUCUUGCAUAUGCCCAGAAACACCCUGUGAUGAAGACUGGCGAGCCUAACUGUCCGGACGACCUCAGCGAAACUUUUCAAGAUGGCAUCACCAAUGGGGCGCAGUGGUAUGACGUGGCAGGAGGAAUGCAGGACUACAACUACGUCUAUGGAAACUGUAUGGAAAUCACCAUGGAGCUAAGCUGCUGCAAAUAUCCCCCUGCUUCAGAACUCAAAAAAGAAUGGAAUCUGAACAGGGAAUCCCUUCUGGCCUACAUGGAAAAGGUACACAUAGGGGUUCGUGGUUUUGUGAAAGAUGCAGUCAGUGGAGCUGCUCUUGGUGAUGCCAGCAUUAUGGUAGCAGGCAUUCAUCACAACCUGACCUCAGCUAAAUAUGGGGACUACUACCGCCUUCUGCUCCCAGGAACAUAUAAUAUUACAGCUGUGGCUCCACGGUACUUACCAACAACAUUCAACAGUGUCCAGGUCAUUGAAGGCAAAGCUACAGAACUUAACUUUACCCUGGUACCUCUGGUCAAUGAGGUUGCAUUGACUACAACCACUGUGCCGUCCACCAAUCAUUCAGAUGUUUCUGCUACAAACUCUUCCAACUCCAGCCAGACCUUAGUUGUUCCACCUGAAGGAGACAAGAACAGUCCUCCUGUACUUCCACCAGUGCACCAGCCCAUACAGCCGCAGGAAUUUCGCCACCACAGCUAUGCAGACAUGGAGUUGUUCUUGCGCAAGUACAACAGCGAGUUCCCUGCCAUUACUUACCUUUACUCUAUUGGCCACUCCGCACAAGGUCGUGAGCUCUACGUAAUGGUCAUUUCAGACAACCCAAGGGUUCAUGAACAUGGUGAGCCAGAGUUUAAAUAUGUGGCCAACAUGCAUGGCAAUGAGGUGGUGGGUCGAGAGUUAGUGCUCAACCUUAUUGAGUAUCUGUGCCGUAACUAUGGUACUGACUCAGAAGUCACUCGGCUGGUCAACAGCACCCGCAUUCACAUCAUGCCCUCGAUGAACCCCGACGGCUAUGAGGCAGCCUCUGAAGGUGAUAAGGACGACAAAGGGCGGAACAACAGCAACAAUUUUGACUUGAAUCGUAACUUCCCAGACCAGUUUUUUACCAACACAGAACCCAGACAGCCAGAGACUAUUGUUGUAAUGAACUGGUUAAAGAACAUUCCUUUUGUCUUGUCAGCCAACCUUCAUGGAGGCUCCUUGGUGGUCAACUACCCUUUUGAUGAUGGCAAAGAUGGACUGAGUCAUUAUAGCAAGUCCCCUGAUGACGCAGUCUUUCAGCAGGUGGCGAGAGCCUACUCACAGGAGAAUCCUCUGAUGCACAAAGGGCAUCCUUGUGAGGACCUGUACCCAGAGGAAUAUUUUCAGGAUGGCAUCACUAAUGGUGCACAGUGGUACGCUGUUACUGGUGGCAUGCAGGACUGGAAUUAUAUCAACACCAAUUGUUUUGAAGUGACCAUUGAGCAGGGCUGUGUCAAGUUUCCAUCAGCUAAGGAACUACCAAAAUACUGGGAACAAAACCGGCGAGCUUUGCUUCAGUUCAUACAUCAGGUUCACACUGGAGUGAAAGGCACAGUUUCCAACUUUGACGAUGGUAUGGGAAUACCUAAUGCCACUAUUAGUGUAGAGAAGAUUGACCACAACAUCACCACAGCUCUUACUGGAGACUACUGGAGACUGCUGAUCCCUGGGACUUAUUUAAUUACUGCCUCUGCCCAUGGUUAUAAACCCCUGACCAUCUAUGCCACAGCCUCAAACAAUCGAGCUGAGGUAGUGGACUUCAGACUGAGACGUUUAUACUCAGACAGUACUAGUGAGUCCAGUGGUUCCAAGCCCACGCAGAACCCAUCGGAGAAGGAGCUUCACAGCUUGAUCACAGAGCUCUCUAUAGGCCAGGGUUUGGAUCAGCUGGUCCACAGUGCAGGCACUGAAAACAGUUUCCGCUACCAAAACUCUAAAGACUUAUCUGCUUUCCUGACAGGCCUCAAGCUUAACUUUCCCAACAUUACAUUUUUACACAGUUUGGGCCAGAGUGUGGAGUACAGAACCAUUUGGGCUCUGGAAAUAUCCAACAAACCAAAAGAAGCUGAGCAAUCUGAACCAAAGAUUCGCUUUGUAGCAGGGAUCCAUGGAAACGCCCCAGUAGGCACAGAACUGCUGCUGGAGUUUGCUGCCUUUCUGUGUAUCAACUAUGGCAAGAACCCCGCCAUCACAAAGUUGAUUAAUGAGACCCGGAUUUUCAUUGUGCCUUCCAUCAACCCGGACGGACGAGAACAAGCUGUUGAAAAGCAGUGCACGUCCACCCGGGGCAUGACCAAUGCCAAUGGGAAGGAUCUGGACAAAAACUUCUUUGGAAAUGCAUCACAGCGCGUGGUGGAACCUGAACCUGAGACCAGAGCAAUGAUGAACUUUAUUUUAAACAAGGGUUUCACUUUGUCUGUAGCCCUGGAUGGAGGCUCCCUUGUUGCUACCUACCCUUAUGACAAGCCUGUCCAGACAGUUGCAAAUGAGGACACAUUGAAGUACUUAGCAAGUGUGUAUGCCAACAACCAUCCCAAGAUGCACCUCGGGGACACUGGAUGUUCCAAAAAUGGGCAAACUGGAAAUGCCCAAGAUGGAGUCAUGAGGGCAGCAGAGAGACAAAGUCACAUGGGUAGCAUGAAGGACUUCAGUAUGGACUUUGGCCACUGUCCAGAAAUCACUGUUUAUACCGGCUGCUGUCUGUUCCCCCCAGUUGAUCAUCUGCCUACGCUCUGGGCUGAGAACAAGAAGGCUCUCCUCAGUAUGUUGGUAGAGGUCCAUAAAGGGGUGCGAGGUGUGGUGAGGGACAAAAGUGGAAAACCGAUUGCUGGCACAAUGAUUGUACUGAACAAAGAAGUAAAAGUGUUUACUUCAGAGGGUGGAUACUUCCAUGCUCUCCUUGCCCCUGGGAGUCACAGUAUUGAAGCCAUUGCUGAUGGCUAUCAGCACCAGCAUCAAACGUUUGUGGUGUCUUCCUAUGAAGCUGCCAAUUUCAUCGUCAUUGAAUUUGACAUGGACAACAAGAUCUUUGGUUUGCCCCGAGAGUUUGUUGUGGCAAGUGCAGCAGCCUCCAUGACAGCAUUGGUAGUGACUGCAUGCAUCAUCUGGUGUGUUUGCGCAGCCAAGUCUAAUCGUCAGAAAGAUGGCUUCCACCGCUUGCGACAGCACCGUGACGAUUAUGAUGAUGAGAUACGGCUCAACUCUAUGGGCUCCAAGAAGUCUCUACUUGCUAACGAAUUUCAGGAUGAAAGUGAAAGCGAUGAAGAGACAUUAUAUGCCAACAAAAUCUGAGAAAUGUCGGACCAGUUUGGCUCUGUAUUUUAUAUUUAGGCUCUCUUCAGGGUGAAACCCCUGCUCAGUGAGAACAAUGAACUGGAAUGACCAGAUUCUUUGUCUUUGUGAAUGAUAAAAAUGAGACUUUUUGUUGUACCAUCAAGGUCUUGGGACUCAGCCCCAGUCACUUGUCAGAGCUACUAAAUGAAUGAAUUAAUGAUUGAUUCCUACUGAUGUUUGGCAUGAAAUGUUCAUGCUUAUUUCUGCUGCAUCUAUGUUUGACCAGCCAGCACACGGAGAGAGGAAGAAGGUAAUAAACAUAGGUCCAGUCCACUGUUGCUCUCAUCCAUCCUUUUGGUUUUUUCCGAGCCAUUCAAGAAUAUUUUCUUGGCCCACUACCUGUCCUGCCUGGCUUACAGAACAAGCCAUUAAGUCCAAAGGAACUCUUAUCAGUUGAUAAAUUAUUUCUGGAAGUGUUUUAUCUCUUGCUCCCCUUCCCCCAAUAUUUUCAUCACUUUGCAUUUAUUUCAACACUGCCUCAAAUUUGGAAAUCCACCCCUUCCCCCAAAAAAUAAAAUAAAAUAAAAAAAAAAAGCAUAGCAAUGCAGAAGUACCCAAGCUUUUGGGAGGCUGAGUCCAGCACCGUGCCUUGGUGUCAGUAAAUUGUACGUUUUCAGGCAAGCUGCAAUAUUUGACUGAAAACAGCAUAGUGAGUAGUCAAGACGUAAUCCAUACUGGAAUUUGAUCCAUUUUAUACUCAGGUGGCAUAAAAAGAGACGUUAUCAUUGGGACUGCUGAAUUCCAGUGUUGCACUGUUUUUGUUUUUUGUUUUUUUUUAUCUGGAUUUGGCAGUUUUGUGCUUUUGCAGGAAGUUGUUGGUGUUGAGUAAAUCUGGGAGCAAACUUAAAAAAGCUUCAGGGAGAAUCUGUUACCAGCCUUGAAUAAAUACUGAGUACUAGUUAGUGGGGAGGCGCUGAUCUAGACAUGAUGGUCACUUCCUGUAAAUGAAAAUCUAGAGCCAACCCAUUUCAUUGCCCAAGAUAGGGAGGUGUAAAAUAAGAACUUAUAAAUCUCCAAAUAUAUAACCAUGAAAAGAAUGUAUUUGCUUUGUUUUCAUACUUUUGCUGCAGAAAAUUACUGCUGACUUUCACAGAUGCCAUAUUAACCCUGUACACUUUUAAUUAUAAGAACAUUUGUAACAUGCUGCUAAAGAGUAAAAAUUUUGUUUUGAUUAUAUUUUGCCAACUAAAUAUUUUAAUUGUUAAUAUACUAGAUUUGAUUAUCCAUUCAGCCAAGUGCAUAUUAUUUCCAAACUUAUUAAAACCUUUUUACAUUAUACAAUGUAAACAUUUCUCCAUUAAAGUGUGGCAUAUGAGAAAUGGUGCAGUAAUUUUCACUUUCUGAAUUUUCUUUGAUGUAGGAAGCUCAGACUUUGGGAUACUCGUUUUGUGUGCGAGGUAUGUGGAAAGUUUACAGUAUCUAAAAUCCUUUUUUUUUUCUUUCUUUGGUAAUCCUGUGUUUAAAAUUGAACGUAAUUUCAUCUAAAGCUUCUUAAAGCAAAAUGGGCAAAUCAACAACCAAAAGAAUGAACGAAGGAGAUUUUCUUUCCCAAUUAGAAUCCGUGUAAAACAACAUGAUUGCUAUGGAAUCAAUGAACUGUAAGGUGUCUCAGUGGGGAGUUUGCUGCAUGGUUUCCAAACAAUACACACCCAUUUUAUGAGGAGUUUACCCUCAUUUCCAGCUAUUUUGAUGAGAUUAUUUCUUGACAUCUGUGUAGGGAGGCAGAUUUGUCAUUUUUUUUAUUCUGUCUGAAACUUGUGUGUGCAUGUGAACUUUUGAAAGUUGAUUAUAUAUUGCUGUCACAGUGUCAGUGUGAAGAUUUUAUAUAAACUGGAAUCAGCUGUACAUAUUGUUUGCCAAUCAUGAAUAAGCAGGGCGUGCACUUAAUGUUUACCAUGAAAUUAAAACCGCAUUUCAUUGGAACCUCUGUGAUCAUGACAUGUUAACAUGCACAAGAACUCACAAAAGGAAAUAAAACAUCUCACAGCA